CACGGCGUCUCCGGCGAGGUCUUCGCGCUCAACGACCGCCAGCUGCGCAUCCGCGGCUUCAACUACGACGGCGAGGGCCCGGCCGCCGUCUUCUGGGUCGGCAAGGGCGAGGUCUCCGCCGACGGAUACAUCGUCCCGUUCCUCGAUUCCUGCUUGGAGGAGUCAGAGCUGUCGCGCUUCGAGGACGAGACUGUCGAACUCGAGCUCCCGGACGGCAUGACCCUUGCCGAUAUCGACUAUUUCUCCGUCUGGUGCGAGCUCGCCAACGCCAAUUUCGGAGACACCUCCGUCGCCGACGACGCCCCCGCUGAGGUCCGCAUCGGCGAGCUCUCCGAUGUCGGCGGCCACGGCGUCUCCGGCGAGGUCUUCGCGCUCAACGACCGUCAGCUGCGCAUCCGCGGCUUCAACUACGACGGCGAGGGCCCGGCCGCCACCUUCUGGGUCGGCAAGGGCGAGGUCUCCGCCGACGGAUCCUUCGUCCCGUUCCUCGGUACCUGCGAGGUCGAGAUGAAGCUGUCGCGCUUCGAGGACGAGACUGUCGAACUCGAGCUCCCGGACGGCAUGACCCUUGCCGAUAUCGACUACGUCUCCGUCUGGUGCGAGGCUGCCAACGCCAAUUUCGGAGACACCUCCGUCGUCGCAGCAGACUUGGACGUCCCCACGCUCGAAGAACCCAAAUGCUCCGCCGACGGCGCGGAUCAGUCCGACCAGGCCGAGGAACCGUUUCCGGUCCGCGAAGGCUGGAACUGUGAGGAGCUCAGUGAUAAGUUCCAGGCCAGAUGGAGGAUCGACGGCGAGAAUGUACAGGUCGAGCUGCUUGGUAGAGUCAAGGAGGGCGACUAUAUGGCCUUUGGUAUUAGUGGAAGCGAUGACAGGACUAACAUGGAUGACAGUGAUAUUACCGUUGCGUAUUUUAUCGACGAUAGUCCCAACGCUAUUGACUAUCACGUCACGAAGCGAGCCCCUUGUACGUCGGGAGAAGGUGUAUGUCCAGACGCUGUCGCUCGCGAUACCCCUGGCCAGAAUAACAUUGAUGACGUCACGGGUAACGUCACGGAUGACUUGACCCGCAUCGAAUUUACUCGUCCCUUGGCUGCCGAAGACGAGAUUCGGGAUCGUCCUAUUUCCGUGGAUGGUGACACCUUCAUUGUUUGGGCCCUCGGCAGCCUCAACCCCGCCUCCCUCGUCCCACUGGCUCAUCGCCCCGACCCCAGUGCCCGCGCAGAGAACACUGCCUUCCAGUUUGGCCGCGAGGUCAGCAAUGCGUGUAGCAGCUUGACUGCCGGUGAGGAGACCGAGGCAGUCAUUCCUGGCUUUAUUCGCCCGACUAUUUCGGGAACCACCGAAAUUACUGCUAGGAUCGGACCGAACGGCGGAAGCCGCGGCGUUGAGGGAAUUACGGAGAGGCCUUCUUGGGGCUUUGCCUGGUUCAUGUCUCCGACGGGGACUACAGGCGAGGAUGUUAUCAUUCCUGCCAUUGCCGUCGAGAAGGGGAAGACGUAUACGUUUACCGUUCACGGCGGCGAAGAGGGUGUCGAUGACACAUUCCAUCCGCUCUACAUCACCGACAAUGCCGAUGGGGGCUUUGAGACGAAAAGCCCGGAAGACCGGGCAAAAGAGACUUUGUAUGCCGGCGUUACUGACAUUAUCAGAGAUGAGGAUGGUGGCAUCACCAGUUACACGGCAACGGGUACUGGCUCUCUCUGUGAGGUUGUCUCGAAUCUUGAUGGCGAUACCGCUACUUUGGAGAAGUGGGAGGACUACGCCGAAACUCUCGAUGUGUCUUGCGCAGAGGACGAGGCGAUUUCUUCUAAAGCUGGAACUCUUGAGUGGACAGUUCCCAUGGACGCACCCGACGAGCUCUAUUAUCAAUGCAUCACUCAUCCGUUCUUAGGAUUUAAGCUCGUCAUUUUUAAUGAAGGUGAGAUCGACCAGGACCGUCUAGAGAGUGCCAGUGGGGGUGGGGAGCUCGGACAGGGAGAAGGAGAGGAGGGAGGAGAGGAGGAUAGUGUAUGUGAAGUUACGUUCGACGGCGAGAAACGGACGUUUGCCGGAUGCCAGAGCGGUCUGAAAGGUGGCGUCGAGGUGUACUGGACGAUCCGAGAGGAUGAUGGUGAGAUUGAUACUCUGUUUCGGGCUCCGACUAAUGGUGGCUACGUGGGCUUCGGAUGGGGAUACGAGCAGAUGGUCGGGAGCAAUGCCGUCAUUGCCUUCCAAGAUUCCGACGGGAACGCUAAGAUCGGAGAUUACUUUCUGGAAGCUCAGGAUCCCGAGGGAGUCAAUCCAAGCGAUAAGCUGCAAAUUUCCAACGAAGAGGCCGCUAUCGAUGGCGAGUUUGUCCUGGGCGCGUUUACUCGCAAGCUCGUGUUGGAGGGUAGUCCCACAAUCAGCAAGGGGGAGACUCUCGCAAUAUGGGCGGUUGGAGCCGUGCCCGGCUCAGAUGGCAGACUGGAACAGCACGGUGAGAGAGGAGGUGGUACAUUCGACCUAUCGAAAACGUCUGGCGGUUUUGUUGCGGAUGACGGAGAUAGAAACUUCUUCAUCGCUCAUGCUGUUCUCAUGCUUGUCGCAUGGCUUGCGCUCACACCUGCUGCAGUGGUCAUCAUGACGCAUCUCAAGGGCUACAACCCGCUGGCUUUCCAACUUCACCGAGGGCUGAACGUCACCUCCGCGGCUGUCGUUGUAGCCGCGUACGUCAUGGGUGUUGUGAAUGGGUCGCAUACGGCCAAGGCUCAUCUUGCUCUGGGCACGAUCGCUUUCAUCUUUGUGCUCCUCCAAGUAACCAGUGGCGUCCUGCGACCGCACAAGGAGACACCCAAACGCAAACCGUGGUAUAUUCAGCAUGCGGUUCUCGGGCAUAUUGCAUUGACUCUUGCCAUGGCAAAUGCUCUAGUCGGCAUGCGCACGACAAAUGUGUUCGAUGUGAGUACCGGGUGGUAUGUAGCUUGGGGCGUGUUGGUCGGGGUUUAUUUGUUGUCUCAUCUCCUACUCUUUGCGUUCAGGUCAAAACUUGAACCCGCGCCAGUGUCGAGGACUGCAGAGGAGGAAAGGUCGGCGGCUUAG